AUGGUCCGGUACGGCAUCAUGUCGUGCACAGCGUGCAAUGCACUGACGGCACUAACCCCUACGGGAGACAAUGCAGAUCAGUGGAUAAGAAUCGAGGUCGUUCCAGGCGACUUCUUGGUGCUUCCUGCUGGAAUCUACCACCGUUUCGCUCUGGAUUCUAAGAACUAUAUAAAGAUAAUGAGACUCUUCGUAGGUGAACCUAAUAUGUGGAUAAUCUACUAUCGACCAGCAGACGACAUGGAAGCUCGGAAACACACGUCAGUCAACAGAAAAACCACUUCAAACGACGGUAUCACUGUAAGGUGUAAAUUGUGCCAAAAGUGA